UAUAACAAAACUUCAUGUGUUGAGUUCCCAUUUGAGGUUAUUUUCUGUUAUUGUAUUAAAAUAAAUAAAUUAAAUAAAUCUGAGAGAUGUCGUUGCCUCCAGCGAGCGGUACUGGCAGAUAUUUUGCUAGAGCUGCCAAAUCUAUACGACUGAUCCGUCAGGGAUGUACAAACAGACCUUUCUUUCAUAUUUCUGUUACUCAUCGAAGGCGAUUGAACAGUCAGCCAGUGAUUGAACAACUAGGAUCUUACGAUCCCAUGCCGAACAUAAACAAUGAGAAGCUGGUAGCUUUGAAUUUGGAACGAAUAAAAUACUGGCUAGGCCAAGGUGCUCAUGUUACAAAUCCUGUUGCUGAACUUCUUGGACUAUCUGGUUUCUUCCCCAUCCACCCUCGCUCCUACAUGACAGCUUGGCGAAACAGAAGGACAGAGAGAGAGAACCUAGCCAAGUUAGAGGAGCAGAAAGCUAAAGAGGCCACCACAGCAUCAUAACACCUUAAUUUAUUUAUAUCUUAGUUUAUGUAGAUUAUAGUGAAAUAAAUGUUAUUGUAAAUUGUG